AUGGAUUUCGAUAGCCCUGAUUGUGUGGAAAAGGAUUUUCCUGGCUUGUAUGCCUCAGAUGCGAGCGGAAAAAGCAAAAAAGAUGAUAAAGAUUUUAGUGACGCUGAUCCGGAAAAGGUCAGCAAAAAGGAGCUGCUAAUAGGCCGCAGAAAGGAUAAGAAGGAAAAGAAAACGGCUUACGCCACCCUGGAGGGAGAAAGCUCACCGGAAGAGGAGCUCGAAACAAAGAGUCCUUCGAAGACUAAAAAGUCCAAAACAUUCAAGUUCCCAUCAAAGAGCAAAGAAAAGAGAGAAAAAUCGCGUGAGAAGGACAAGGAAAAGCCCGACACAUUGAAGCAGGAGGAAAGCACCAAGGCACCGGAGAAAAGCGAAAAAGAAAAGGAAAAGAAAAAAGAUAAGGAUAAAAAGGAAAAGGAUAAAAAGGAUAAAUCGAAAGACAAAAAGGACAAAAAGCUGAAACAGGGAAGUGCCAGCGAGGAGGUACUGGAGCUGGGCGAUGCGCAGCCCAUCUUUGGCGUGUCACUUGGUUUGGCAACCGAACGUAGUCGUUGUCACGACGGUGUGAAUCUGCCGCUGGUUGUACGCGAUUGUAUCGAUUAUCUGCAGGAACAUGGUCUACAGAGUGAACAGAUCUAUAAGGUGGAGGCUGUCAAAACAAAGCUACAGCAGCUGAAACGCACCUACAACAACCGUGAAGGAUCGUGCAUCGGUGAAAUGGACGUACCGAUUGCCUGCGGACUGCUGAAGAUGUUUUUGCGCGAGCUUCCGGAACCGAUACUUACCACGGAUUUGUCCUCUCGAUUUGAAGAAGUCGCUUCACACUCGCAAGUCUCGCAGCAGGAGCAGGAACUCGUCUGCCUGGUCGAACAGUUACCGAGCUGCAAUAGAACGCUUCUUUCGUGGAUGUUUAUACAUGUGGAUGCUGUGACACAGAAUGAGGAUUUUACAAAAAUGAAUGCGCAGAACAUAGCGAUGCUGCUCAGCCCGACCUUUCAAAUGUCGCACCGCUUGUUCGUAGCGAUACUGUGCCAUUGCAGCACUCUGUUCGCUGACACAAGCUUACAUAAAUAUGUUCCCCCGUUGACGGCAUCAAGCCCAAAUUUACCAGAAACGCCAGAUGAAAUAUCGGUGGAGCUAAGGAAACAAGAAAGUCUACUAGCUCAAAUUCAUGCCGAAAUGAAUGCUGGAUUUGUUACGAAGAAGCGCGAAGAGCAACUUUGGGAAGUACAGCGUAUUAUUACACAACUGAAGCGUAAAUUGCGAUCAUUUGAAAAAAAGUCUGAUUGCGUACAGAAGAGUCUCGACGAUACGGUCGAUGGAGAUAUUUCAAUUGAUUUAAAUUUACAAAAAUCGAAACUUUCGUGUUCGGAUGAUGAAUCUUCCAUUAAAACUGUAACGGCUAUUUCAACCGAGUCGGCAACAAAUACGGAAGCCAAAAACACACCACAAGAAACAUCGGACGAAACAGGACCACCAGAACGGAAAGCUUCCAUCACGGAAUCUCCUGAUACGGCCAUGGUUAAACCGGAUGGUUUAGGUGUGCCUCAAUCGGCGUCGGAAGCAACCGCAGUAAGUGACAAGGUCACCGUCACCGAUAAUGGGUUCUUGCUGCUGCCGCAGAACCAUCCGGAAUAUCUUACACUCAUACGGUUGCAACUUGAAAACCAAGAGCUGGUAAACUGGAAAGCCCAGUUGCAGGCUCGAAUUCAAUCGGAGAGGGACGAGAUAGUGCAAAUGAAGAAACUGCUCGUAGUAGAUGGUAGCAUGACCUCGUCCGUCGGUGUCGAUACAUCGAUAAUGGCCAGCGAAGAGCAUGAGAAACUGAUGGCUCAUUACAUGAAGGAAAAUACCCUGCUCGAACAGAAGCGUCAGAUGCUGGCAAAGGAAAUAUUCGAAGAAAAUAAGAAUCUGAUACAGAUGCAAGUAGAGUUGGCUUUAAAUCGGUACAGAAUAUAA